CGAUCCUUAGGGUUAGGGUUUUAGAAAAACCCCAGCGAGUGGACAGUCCCGCGUAUCCGACGGCUCGACACAUCCGAAGCCGACACAACACUUCACGAGCGCGAAUCUCAGCACUGCCCUCUAUAAUAGAGCUCGCGCGGGCAUCGCGGCCAUCUUCCCAGCUCCGCCUCCUUUUCCUGCCUUCCUCCUCACUAGUCGCUCCCCCGCGGCUCGCGCAGGCGGGCGACACAACGAGGCUAAAUCCCUAUCGCGAGGAGGCGUGUGAGGCCAGCGGCUUUGCGAUGACAGCACCAGCGGACAAGGGGAAGAAGGCCAAGACUGAUGCCGACGGCGGCGAGGAGAACGAACAGAUCGACGGCGUCCUCGUCCUCUCCAUCGAGAAGCUCCAGGAGAUACAGGACGAGCUCGAGAAGGUAAAUGAGGAAGCAAGUGACAAGGUUAUGGAGGUGGAGCAGAAAUACAGUGAGAUCCGCAGACCUGUCUAUCUCAAGAGGGGUGACAUUAUCAAGACCAUCCCGGACUUUUGGCUCACAGCGUUUAUGAGCCAUCCUCUAUUAAGUGAGCUUCUGACUGAAGAGGACCAGAAGAUAUUCAAGUACUUAGACUCCAUUGAUGUGGAUGAUUCUGAUGUUAAGGCAGGAUACUCCAUUCAUCUUAACUUCUCUGAGAACCCGUACUUUGAGGACACAAAGCUUGCAAAGACCUAUAUCUUUGCUGAUGAUGGAACAACCACAAUAAAAGCUUCCGAAAUUAAGUGGAAGGAAGGAAUGGGACCUGCAAAUGGAAAUGGUAUUAACAAGAAGGGGAGUAAGCGGCCAUUAGUAGAGGAAAGUUUUUUUAGCUGGUUUGGUGAUACAGAGCUCAAGAGUCUUGCUGAUGGUGUGCAAGAUGAGGUGGCGGAGAUCAUAAAGGAAGAUUUGUGGCCUAAUCCUUUGAAGUACUUCAACAAUGAGGUUGACGAUGAAUUUGAAGGAGAUGAAGAUGAUGAUGAUUUGGAUGGUGAUGAUGACGAUGAAGGCGAUGAUUUGGAGAACUGAGCCCUUGCGCUUGGUUCAGAAUGUUGUCCGUGGAUGAUGUGGCUGGGCGGAACUGUGACCCUUUUGGGAGAUUUUUUGUUGUUGUUGUUUGACUUAGCUGGAACUCAACGUAGGGAACUGUUUAAUGCCUUAUGAAGUCAACCAACUUGAAAGGAGACUGCUUAUAUCAUAAUCUCGGUAUAUCUAGCAACGCAAUUUGACCUCAGUGUCCUGUUUGUGAUUCAGUUUUUGCUUCGGUCGGUUGCCU